GUUAACUGGCCGCCAUAACGCUCUUCACACACAGGCGUGUUUCCCCGAGUGCGUUUGGGAGCGAUUUACACUGGAGAAAUCAUGGCCUCCAUUUCAAUGGCUCCUGUGAACAUCUUCAAACACGGGGCAGAUGAGGAGAAGGCAGAGACAGCACGUCUUUCUUCCUUCAUUGGUGCGAUUGCCAUCGGUGACCUGGUGAAAAGCACUCUGGGACCAAAGGGGAUGGACAAAAUCCUGCUGGGGGGUGGAAGAGACGGCUCUGUAACUGUGACCAAUGAUGGUGCCACCAUUCUCAAAGCCGUUGGAGUGGACAAUCCAGCAGCUAAAGUCCUGGUUGACAUGUCCAAAGUCCAGGAUGAUGAAGUAGGCGAUGGAACAACCUCUGUCACAGUACUUGCGGCUGAGCUGCUAAGGGAAGCAGAGAUCCUCAUUGCAAAAAAGAUUCACCCACAGAUCAUCAUCUCGGGCUGGAGGAAGGCCACACAGGCUGCCCGUGAGGCUCUCAAGGAGGCUGCCCUGGAUCAUGGAAAUGACCAGGAGAAGUUCCAGGAGGACCUGCUGAACAUUUCCCGCACCACUCUGUCCUCCAAGCUCCUGACUCACCACAAGGACCACUUUGCCAAACUGGCUGUAGAAGCAGUGCUGCGGCUGAAGGGCUCCGGCAACCUGGAGGCCAUCCAUGUCAUCAAAAAACUGGGGGGGAGCCUCACUGAUUCCUACCUGGACGAGGGCUUUCUGUUGGACAAGAAGAUUGGUGUGAACCAGCCCAAAAGAAUUGAGAACGCUAACAUCCUUAUUGCCAACACGGGCAUGGACACGGAUAAGAUCAAGAUCUUCGGCUCAAGGGUGCGAGUGGACUCCACAGCCAAGGUGGCGGAAAUCGAAUUAGCAGAAAAGGAGAAGAUGAAGGAGAAGGUGGAGCGCAUCCUCAAGCAUGGCAUCAACUGUUUCAUAAACAGGCAGUUGAUCUACAACUACCCUGAGCAGCUUUUCGCAGCUGCUGGAGUCAUGGCCAUCGAACAUGCAGACUUUGCAGGAGUGGAACGCCUGGCUCUUGUCACCGGUGGAGAGAUUGCGUCAACGUUCGACCACCCAGAACUGGUGAAAUUGGGCCACUGCAAACUCAUUGAGGAGGUGAUGAUUGGAGAGGACACCUUGAUCCACUUCUCUGGUGUUGAGAUGGGUGAGGCGUGCACAGUUGUGCUGCGUGGUGCGACCCAACAGAUUCUGGAUGAGGCCGAGCGCUCGCUGCAUGACGCUCUCUGUGUGCUUGCACAGACUGUCAAGGAGACCCGCACAGUCUUCGGAGGAGGUUGCUCUGAGAUGCUGAUGGCCAAGGCAGUGACUGACUUGGCCAGCCGGACUCCAGGCAAAGAGUCCGUAGCCAUGGAGUCAUUUGCCAAAGCACUGAGGAUGUUGCCCACCAUCAUUGCUGACAAUGCAGGCUAUGACAGCGCAGACCUGAUCUCUCAGCUGCGGGCUGCUCACAUGGAGAACAAGACCACCUUUGGCCUGGACAUGAACCAGGGAACUAUCGGUGACAUGGAGGAACUGGGAAUCACCGAAAGCUUCCAAGUGAAGAGACAAAUGCUGUUGAGCGCUGCUGAGGCUGCCGAAAUGAUCUUGCGUGUGGAUGACAUCAUCAAGGCUGCACCCAGAAAACGGGUGCCAGACCACCACCCCUGUUAGUGACACUGGGAAGGAAGGGACAGAAAGGUGUUGCAGAGGAAGGAGACCAACUAGUGUAUUUAUGACCUCCAAAGGCUGCGAGGAUGGCCACCUUUCUCUCAUGUAUGGCUCCAUUAGUUGUUGUAGGGCACAUUGUGUGUAAUGCCAUGUUCACUCAGAAAGUUGGCAUAGUUGUUUGUUCAUUAAAUAAAACACUUCUUGUUAAUGA